AUGCCCGUGCUCACGACGCCGCGCGUCUACGGCGCCGCGGCCGUCGCCGCCGCCGCGGCGUGCCUGCGGUGCCGGUCGAAGGCGCUGCAACUCGCCGGCGCGUCGCUCCUCGCGCUCGUGCCCCUCUACGCGGCGCUCGCGCCGGAGGUCGCGCCGGGCGUGACGGACCCGCGCGGGGACGACCCCGACGACGGCGCCGGCGUCUUCGCGACGGUGCUCGACUCGCUGCCGUCGCUGGAAGGCAAGUGCGUCUGCGUCACCGGCACGACCAGCGGCCUGGGCCUCCAGGUCGCGCGCGCGGCGGUGCUCAAAAGAGCCGCUCUGCUCAUCUGCGUGAAUCGCGACUCGCCGCGGUCCGCGCUCGCCUGGGACCGCCUCGACGAGCUCUCCGAGAGCGUCGGCGGCGCGACCGCGGUGCACGCCGUCGACGCCGAGUUCCUCUCGCUCGAGAGCGUCAAGGCGGCCGCGGGCGACGUCGCGGCGCUCGCGCCCGGCGGCAUCGACGUGCUCGUCUGCAACGCGGGCCUGUUUUCCGGCGCGGACGUGCGGAGCCAGGACGGCUACGACGCGACGGCGCAGGUCUCCGUCUUGGCGCACGUCCUGCUCACGAAGCUCCUCCUCCCGAGCCUCAAGGUCGCCGCGGCCGCGCGCGGCGAGGCGCGCGUCGUCCAGCACCACAGCGGCCAGCGCAACAACAAAAACAACGGCGCCUACGACCCCGAGCGCUACCUCGGCCG